CCCGGUGGCCUGUUCUAGGAUCGGUUCCGGAGUUUGUGACUACCAAUUCCAGCUAAACGAUUACGGGAUGCCCCAACAACGGAGGGGAACGUCUGCAAUCGGCAUCUCCCGAACACGUUCCCACGGGUGGCCCUAACGUGGGACCGCGCACGUUAUCCCCCGCCGGUGCAGAGCGUAGUCGGGCGCGAGCUCGCGCACGCGACCGCGCUCACGUCGCCCCGCCCCUGCCGCCGCCACCGCCCCUUCCCAGGACCACCACCUGGCUGAGCUUCUCCGAGGCCACCCGGACCGUGAGGUUAUCCCCAGGAAGGCAGAAGAGAGCAGGUCCACCGGCAAGAACUGCGGCGGGUAGCGGAGCGUCCCUCGCACGCCCCGGAAGAGAAGGGGAGGGAGGCGGAGUUAGGGAAGGAGAGCGGAGUAAGUGAGCUGGGACCCGAGCCCAGCUCGGACUCUUAACUAGUCUGGUCGACCAGGCCCACGAGCAGGUUACACCCAAUCUGAAGAAAACAGAGCGGCACAGAGGUUUGCACUGGGCAAGGACACAUGGCCUCUCCAUUCCUGUCCGCGGGGACCACCACGGGCGACAGCGGCGGGGAGCUGAGCUCGGGGGACGACUCCGGGGAUGUGGAAUCGCGCCAGAGCCCCGAGACGGAGGCGUCCAGGAGCCUGACUGAGCUGUUUGAGAAGGCUGCAGCGCACCUCCAGGGCUUGAUUCACGUGGCCAGCAGGGAGCAGCUCCUCUACCUGUAUGCCAGGUACAAGCAGGUCAAAGUUGGAAAUUGCAAUACUCCCAAACCAAGCUUCUUUGAUUUUGAAGGAAAGCAAAAAUGGGAAGCGUGGAGAGCACUCGGUGGUUCAAGCCCAAGCCAGGCAAUGCAGGAGUAUAUAGCGGCAGUCAGAAAGUUAGACCCAGCGUGGACUCCUCAGUCACCAGAGAAGAAGGGAAAAGCAGCAAAUACUGGUUUUGGCGGACCAGUUGUUAGUUCUCUGUAUCAUGAAGAAAUCAUCAGGGAAGAAGACAAAAACAUAUUUGAUUACUGCAGGGAAAACAACAUUGACCAUAUAUCCAAAGUCAUCAAAUCGAAAAAUGUGGAUGUGAAUAUGAAAGAUGAAGAGGGCAGAGCUCUACUCCAUUGGGCAUGUGAUCGAGGACAUAAGGAACUAGUCACAGUCUUGCUACAAUAUAGAGCUGAUAUUAACUCUCAGGACAAUGAAGGUCAGACUGCUCUACAUUACGCUGCUGCCUGUGAGUUUCUGGACAUCGUGGAGCUGCUGCUCCAGUCUGGCGCUGACCCCACUCUGCGGGACCAGGACGGCUGCCUGCCGGAAGAGGUGACAGAAUGCAGAGCCGUGUCUUUGGUGUUACAGCAGCACACGGCAGGCAAGGCUUAAGCAAAAGCCUGGAAAGCCAGUCUAACAGCACAGGGCAGCGAUCAUGAAAGAAAACUGGGAAAGUAAUACUUCUUUUACCUCCCACCUUUGGCGUACAUUGGCUAAUAAAAUCAGUUCUGAGGAACGGGGAUUUUGAAGUCUCAGCAGU